AUGGCUACGCAACGCCCAUCCUCAUCCCCAAGCAAUAGCAAUCACAUCAACGAGAAAGAUGGCCUUUACGGCAUUCAGCUCGAAAACGCCCCCAGCGAUGACCACGAGAAGCAGCAGAUCAUCAACGAGAAGAAUGCACGACUACGAGAAAUCGAGAGCGAAUUUACUCCCGAAGAGCAGAGAAAGAUCAUACACAGAAUCGAUCGCCGCCUCAUCAUCACCGUUGGUGUCAUGUACUGUGUCAGUCUGAUGGAUCGCACGAAUUUGUCGGCGGCGGCUAUUGCGGGAAUGACGACGGAUCUGGUCCUCGUGGGAUUUCGAUAUUCUAUUAUCACCCUAGUGUUCUUCAUCAGCUAUGUCCUGUUCCAGCCGCCGGCGACUGUGCUUUGCAAAAAGAUUGGGCCAAAGAAUUUUCUGGGUGCUAUCUGUUUCCUUUGGGGAUGUGUCAUGAUCGGUAUGGGUUUCGCACCAGCCUGGGAUGUUCUGGCAGGUCUGCGAGUCGUGCUAGGAUUGUUUGAAGCUGGCUUCUUCCCCGCUUGCGUGUAUCUGCUGAGCACGUGGUACGUGCGAUAUGAAAUGGGCAAGAGAUACUCCUUCUUCUACCUCAUUGGCAUGUUCGCCUCGGCGGCUUCCGGUAUCUUGGCCUACGGGUUGAUGCAGAUGGCAGGCUUGGCCGAUCUCAAUGGAUGGAGAUGGAUCUUCAUCAUGGAAGGCAUUCUCACUGUCAUAAUUGCCGUCGUUGGCUGGUUCUUCCUCGUGCCUUUCCCAGACGACCACCCGGAAAAGAGCUGGAACUUCCUCAAUGAGCGUGAAGUGGCCUGGGUCAUCGCCCGCGUCGAAGCCGAUCGUGCAGACACUGUGACCGAACCCUUCAACCUGGUCAAGUUCCUCAAGCCUGCCUCUGAUCCGAAGGUUUGGGGCUUUGCAAUGAUCUUCUGUUGUCUCACCACCAUCACCUACGCCCUCGCAUACUUCUUGCCCAUCAUUCUCCGCAAUGGAAUGGGCUUCUCGGUAGGCGAGGCGCAAUGUCUUGUCACCCCACCUUACGCUUUUGCCGGCAUUGUGAUGUUGAUCUGUGGCUGGGCAGGCGACAAGUACAAGAUGCGUGGACCUAUCCUCUGCGCUAACGCCGUCUUGUGCAUCAUUGGUCUCGCCCUUAUUGGUUGGACCAAGAUCCUGGGAGUCCGAUAUUUCGGUGUCUUCUUGACUUGUGCCGGCGCGAAUGCAAACAUCCCUAUCUGCAUGAGUUAUCAAGGAAACAACAUCAGAGGCCAAUGGAAGCGAGCUUUCUGCUCUGCGACUCUCGUCGGAUUUGGUGGUAUUGGAGGUAUUGCAGGCUCACUCGUGUUCCGCACACAAGACGCACCAGCAUACCUGCCUGGCCUAUGGGCUUGUAUGACGGCCUGCCUGAUCAUCAUCGUGACUGUCGGGCUCCUGGACACGUGGUUCAUUGCUCAGAACAAGAAGGCUGACCGAGGCGAGGUCAUCCUGGAAGGAGAGGCAAGUGUUUCAGCUGAAUCGAGAAACUUGUGA